CAGUUUUGGACCGAUAUGGGUGACUUCUGGGGAAACAUAUCCAGUCAGAGAGUGUCUAGGGCGAUGUUGCUGGGGAACGAUGAGGAGGCCGUGCUGGACCAGGGGAAGACCAGCUCCACCCUCUACACCAACUUUGAGAAGGAAGAACUGGAGAGUCACAGAGCUGUGUACAUCGGCGUCCACGUUCCUCUGGGCCGAGAAAGUCGGAGGCGUCACCGUCACAGACGACAGCGACAUCACCGGAGACGCCGAGACCGCUUGGACCGGGAGGACGGACGAGAGUCGCCCCCGUACGACACGCCGUCUCAGAGAGUCCAGUUCAUCUUGGGGACAGAGGAUGGAGACGAGGAGCACACGUCCCACGACCUCUUCACCGAGCUGGACGAGAUCUCCUUCAGAGACGGAGACUUCCAGGAGUGGAAGGAGACUGCCAGGUGGCUGAAGUUCGAGGAGGAUGUGGAGGACGGAGGGGAGCGUUGGAGUAAACCCUACGUGGCCACGCUGUCCCUCCACAGUCUGUUUGAGCUGCGCUCCUGCAUCCUGAACGGCACCGUGCUGCUCGACAUGAGGGCCGACACAAUCGAAGAGAUCGCAGACAUGGUGAUUGACAGCAUGCUGGCGUCAGGUCAGCUGGAGGAGGGCGUUCAAGAGAAGGUGAAGGAGGCCAUGUUGAGGCGCCACCACCAUCAGAACGAGAAGAAGCUGAGCAACCGCAUCCCGCUUGUUCGAUCCUUCACUGAUAUCGGCAAGAAACACUCUGACCCCCAUUUACUGGAACACAAUGGUCUGCUGGCGUCCCCUCAGUCGGCUCCAGGGAACCUUGACAGCGAGAGUCGCAUCAAUGGAAGCAGCAGAGAGAACAGCACGGUGGACUUCAGCCGGGUGGAUAUGAGCUUCAUGAAGAAGAUCCCUCCAGGUGCAGAGGCCUCCAACGUCUUGGUGGGUGAGGUUGACUUCCUGGAGCAGCCGAUCAUCGCCUUCAUCCGGCUCGCCCCCGCCAUGCUGCUGAGCGGCCUCACCGAGGUGCCGGUGCCCACCAGGUUUCUCUUCCUGCUGCUAGGCCCGUUUGGAAAAGGUCCACAGUACCACGAGAUCGGUCGCGCCAUCGCCACACUGAUGACUGACGAGAUUUUCCACGAUGUUGCGUACAAGGCGAAGGGCCGGACCGACCUGCUGUCGGGGAUCGAUGAGUUCCUGGAUCAGGUCACCGUGCUUCCUCCGGGCGAGUGGGACCCCAGCAUCCGCAUCGAACCGCCAAAGAGCGUCCCGUCUCAGGAGAAGAGGAAGAUGGCGUCAGCCCCUAAUGGCUCCACCUACGGCUGUGACGUCACCAAGGAGGCGGAGCAUCAGGCAGGACCCGAGCUGCAGAGGACAGGGAGGGUCUUCGGGGGUCUGGUGAACGAUGUCCGGAGGAAAGCUCCCUUCAUGUGGAGCGACCUCCGAGACGCCGUCAGCCUGCAGUGUUUGGCGUCCGUCCUCUUCCUCUACUGCGCCUGCAUGUCGCCCGUCAUCACCUUCGGCGGUCUGCUGGGAGAAGCCACCAAAGGAAACAUUAGUGCCAUAGAGUCUCUGUUCGGGGCGUCUCUGACCGGCGUGGCCUACUCUCUGUUUGCCGGUCAGCCUCUCACCAUCCUGGGCAGCACCGGUCCGGUUCUGGUCUUUGAGAAGAUCCUCUUCAAGUUCUGCAGUGACUACGGUCUGUCCUACCUGUCCCUGCGGACCAGUAUCGGACUCUGGACCGCCUUCCUCUGCCUGCUGUUGGUCGCUACCGACGCCAGCUCUCUGGUCUGCUACAUAACCCGCUUCACCGAGGAGGCCUUCGCCUCCCUCAUCUGCAUCAUCUUCAUUUACGAGUCUCUGGAGAAGCUGGUCCAUCUCGGGGAGCAAUACCCCAUGGACAUGCACAACCAGCUGGACAACCUCACCUUCUACACGUGUCGGUGUUCUUCACCUGCCAAUGUCUCAGAUCAAGUCCAGCAGAUGUGGAUCAACAGAAACGUGACCUCAGGAAGCAUCCAGUGGGACGAGCUGACCGUGAAGGACUGUCAGGACCUUCAGGGGGACUUCCUGGGUUCGGCGUGCAGCCACAAAGGUCCCUUCGUCCCCGACGUCCUCUUCUGGUCGGUCAUCCUCUUCUUCACCACCUUCUUCCUGUCCUCCUUCCUCAAACAGUUCAAGACCAUGAGAUACUUCCCCACCAAGGUCCGAUCAUCCAUCAGUGACUUUGCCGUCUUCCUGACCAUCAUGAUCAUGGUGCUGGUGGAUUAUCUGGUGGGAGUUCCAUCACCCAAACUGCACGUCCCUGACCUCUUCCAGCCCACCUCCAGCACUCGCGGGUGGCUGAUCUCCCCGCUGGGUCCAAACCCCUGGUGGACGCUGCUGGCGGCUGCCGUCCCCGCUCUGCUCUGCACCAUCCUCAUCUUCAUGGACCAGCAGAUCACCGCCGUCAUCGUCAACCGGAAGGAGAACAAACUGAAGAAAGGCUGUGGCUACCACCUGGACCUGCUGGUGGUGGCGGUGAUGCUGGGCGUCUGCUCCAUCAUGGGCCUGCCAUGGUUUGUGGCGGCGACCGUUCUGUCCAUCUCCCACGUCAACAGUCUGAAGCUGGAGUCGGAGUGCGCGGCGCCGGGCGAGCAGCCAAGGUUUCUGGGCAUCGUCGAGCAGAGAGUCACCGGCUUCAUGAUAUUCAUCCUAAUGGGCUGCUCUGUCUUCAUGACCUCCGCUCUCAAGUUCAUCCCGAUGCCCGUCCUGUACGGAGUCUUCCUCUACAUGGGCGUGUCCUCGCUCAAAGGCAUUCAGCUGUUCGAUCGGAUCAAACUGUUCGGCAUGCCGGCCAAACACCAGCCGGACCUGAUCUACCUGCGCUACGUCCCCCUGUGGAAGGUCCACGUCUUCACCGCGGUGCAGCUGUCCUGCCUCAUCGUCCUCUGGGCCAUCAAGACCUCGGCCGCCGCUGUCGUCUUCCCCAUGAUGGUUCUGUCUCUGGUGUUCAUCCGGAAGCUUCUGGACUUCUGCUUCACCAAGAGAGAGCUCAGCUGGCUGGACGACCUGAUACCGGAGAGCAAAAAGAAGAGGGACGACGACAAGAAGAAGAAAGAGAAGGAGAACGCUCGGCGGAUGCUGGAGGAGGCGGAGGACAUCCCGAUCAGAAACCUGAAGGGCCGCAUCGACCCCUCAGAGGUCAACAUCUCCGAUGAAAUGGCCAAAAGCGGCAUUUGGAAAUCAGUUUCCAAGAACUGUGACGGCAGCAAAGCUCUGAAGCACAGCAGCAGCCACGACAAGCUGCAGAGCGUCCAGAUCCACGUGGAGAACGAGGACGGUCGGAGAGUCGUGGACGCUGAGACGUCUCUAUGAUGCUAAGGACCAGGACGGGUCCUCAGAGCUGAGGUCAAAGGUCGUGGGAUAACCAAUCAGGUUUCACUUCUCCAGGUUUUAUGGUGCGAUGUGAUUGGCUGUUGAAGCACCAACCAAAACAGAGACUCAGUUAAAUAAUUAAUUUUAUUGUUAUACAUUUUCUGUAUCUGCUUUCAUGAAGCAG